UGUCCCGAAGCGGAAUCUUCGCUCAGGUGUGGACUGGACCGACACCAGAAUCGCAAUGGCUCACCCGGGAGAAGACUGCGUUACUCUUUUCUCACCUCUCUCCGUGUGUCGUGAAGCCAGCGCCACAGCGACUGACAGCCGAGGGCGCAGCCAUGGCAUCACAGAGACUGAUGCCUCCAGUUUUUCAAAUCUGGAUCCAGCUGAAGAGUACAGGAUGAACAACAAGAGGCGAGGCCUCGCGCUUAUCUUUAACCAGGAGCGCUUCUUCUGGCGCCUCGGGAUGCCCGACCGGCAUGGCACCAACGCCGACCGGUACAACUUGGAGAGAAGAUUACAGGAUCUGAAGUUUGAAGUGAAAGUAUAUGAGAACUACAAGCAGGUGGAGGUUUUGGAUAAAUUAAACGAAGCUGCUCUCGCCGACCAUUCCGAUGCUGACUGUUUCCUCCUCGUCUUCCUGAGCCACGGUGAGGACGAACAUGUCUACACCUACGACGGCAAGAUCAGCAUCCAGGACAUCACGGCGCUGUUCAAAGGAGACAAGUGCCAGAGUCUAGUAGGGAAGCCGAAGAUCUUCGUUCUACAGGCUUGUCGCGGAGACAAACACGACGAGCCCGUGUGCCCACCCGACGACGUGGACAGUGAAAUGAACACAAACGAAGAUGUGGUGGACGCCGGUGUCAUCCGCACUCUGCCGGCCGGAGCUGAUUUCAUCAUGUGCUACUCUGUCGCUGAAGGUUAUUAUUCCCACCGAGAGACGAUGAACGGAUCCUGGUACAUCCAAGACUUGUGCGAGCUGCUUCAGAAGUACGGAGAUUCUCUGGAGUUCACGGAGCUGCUGACGCUGGUCAACAGAAAGGUGUCGAUGAGGAGCGUUUUGAGAAGUAAUGACAAAAGCUCCAUAGGUAAGAAGCAGGUUCCGUGUUUCGCGUCCAUGCUCACAAAGAAGCUCUACUUCCGUCCAAAGAAGUAAAAGAAGGUUCAUGUUAUGGAUGUCGGGGCUGGAUGACUGUGUCGCGUAGUAAUAGCAAAGUAGUAACAAAGCAUUCCAGGUUUUACAUGAACUGUUUGUAUUAAGGCUGAAAACAUGCCAGGAGAUGCUGCAAGUUAAACUCAUGUAACCAGAUUGAAAACUUCAUAUUUGAUGAAAAGGGAAUUUGUGUUUUGAUACUUAAAUCACCACCAGCGAUGCGGGAUCUCAGGGAGCACCUUUGACCAUCACGUCUUCAUGAAAUGCCUUUUUAAUUCAUCGCCCUGCAGCGUCAGAUAAAAUCGGCAUCAUUAGAAAGAUUGUAAACGAUACGCGGAAUGAGGAGGAACUCCAUAUUAAAACGUGUCUGAAAGAUUGGGUGAUCUUUGUCUUCAUGGCUUUGUUUCUUUCUUAUGGCUUGGGCUGGAUCUGCUCCAGUGGAAGCUGCAGCUCCGUUGGGUAACGUAGACGCCUCAGUUCCUCCUCCACCUGGGUGUUUUGAAAAUGCUCAUUGGACGUUUGGAAUCUUCAUUGCCAACACGUGCGAACAAACCUGAGCCAGUUCGUCUUUCAGUUGGUUGUAUUUGGUCACAUUGAAGUGCUUCUUACUGGCCCCUUUGUAGAAGUAGCGCAGGAACUGUCGGUCCUUCACGUCCGGAUAUACGUAAUCCUGAAAAGACAAAUUCAGUUCAGUCGCCGGAGCUGCUGCCGAGGGCCGACUGGACUGACCUGCUUGGUGAGGACGUAGUAGGCGAAGGCUCCCAUGCUGGUGGCGUAGGUUAUGAAGUAGGUGACCGGCUCCAUCACGUCCCACGAGUAGACCCACCAGGUGAGCCACGCCAGCGCUCCGCCUUGGACCGACAGCAGAGCCAGCCCCGUCCACACCGCUCUGGAGGAGUGGAACUCCGCCGACUUGCUCAAUUGCGCCACCAUCUGUCAAGUUUUGCUCCAGUUAACCAGAGAAGACGAACCCUGUGCUUAAAAGCCGAUUCACCUCCUCCAGUGGGGACAGUUCCUUCUUGAGGCUGUCCAUUCGCUCCAGCAGCUGACGCUCCUGCAGGAAGUGAUGCUCCGGCAGGUGGAGAGCCGUGUGGAGCAGGUGCACCACGUGCUUCAUGUCCUCCAGCUCCGCUGCGUCACUGGACGCCCCCACUUCAGGCGCAGGAGAGAGGUUUUUAACCCGGACUCAUGUUGCUUUGACUCCCAACCCUACCUUUCUCUGGAGAGCGGACGUUAUAAACCGCGUCGUUGAUGACCAGCUGGAAGUCAUUGCCCAGCAAAGACUCGAUCAUCGUGGUGCUUGACACUCGCUCGCCAUCUGCCACAUCACAGACACAUUUCCUUUAAUACAAACCUACUUCAAAACCUCAUGACUGAAACCCUACAACUGUGUCAGCGCACGCUGAUGUAUUUGACUAGCUGAAGUUAGACGCGUGAAAGCUAGAAACUGGAUUUCCUAAAAUAAGUAAAAAGUAUUGCUACACUGUUCAAUACAUGUGAGACCAAUAAUAUGUGUCUCAGUUAUGGCCAAAUAUUCUAUUGUAAGUAGGCAAGGAUUAUCAAUUUGUUGUUGGCACAACAAAACUGGAAAAUUCCCAUCAUGCAGUUCUGAUUUUGAUCCAGGGGGUUUCCGACUUUACGUAGCAAGGCCCCGUGUUCCCCUGUGGUUAGCAGUGUGGUCACAGGAGUGGAGCUUCAUGGUGAAAGUGCAGAACAUGUCUGUGAUUUUGGAGGAGACCAUUGUCCUGGAGGAUGUGCCGGAUCUUCCAUCAGCACCUGGACACCUUUUUGGAUUGCUGUACGCUAUCUCAUAUACUUUUGACAACACUUUUGAGAUAUUUCAACAUGUCUUUAGUUCUGAUUGUACACAGCGUGCGCAGUCGCUGCAGAAGAAACGCCUUUAAACCAAUGGAGUUGGCAAAUCAGAUCUGUUCUUCUCAACCGUUCCACUGUUAUUGGUUCAUCAUCAUUUUCUUUUCUUUUUUCAAUCUUUACUCUACCAUGUAAUUGAUGCCUAUAUACCUGUGGUGGUUAACAACUGAGCAGAUGUGUCAUGUUGGCACAUUAUUUUAAAUUUAAACAUUC